UCCACCUCCACCUCCGCUACUAAAAGACCAACUGUUCGGUCCGUCCGAAACAACUGGAUGGAGUACCAAGGAGUCAAGAACUGGGAAGGACUACUCGACCCACUGGACGGAAAUCUGCGCCGGGAAAUUAUCCGGUACGGCAAUUUCGUCGACGCAGCCUACAAGGCAUUUGACUUUGACCCGGAUUCACCUACAUACGCAACCUGCAAGUAUCCCAAAAGCACGGUGUUCGACAACUCCGGACUUCCGGGGACAGGUUACCGGAUCACCAAGAAUCUACGUGCCACGUCAGGCAUUAACCUGCCACGCUGGAUCGAAAGGGGACCGAGCUGGGUUGGCACUCAAUCCAGCUGGAUUGGGUACGUGGCGGUGUGCAAGGACAAAGACGAAAUCGCCAGACUUGGACGUCGUGACAUCGUUAUUGCUUUAAGAGGCACCGCCACGUGUUUAGAGUGGCUCGAAAAUUUACGAGUCACCCUCACUCAUCUCCCUUGUGGAGCUAAGAUGGCUCACACGGGAGCUGAGGGUUCAGAACCAAUGGUUGAGACUGGUUUUUUGAGCCUUUACACUUCGGGAACCGACCUGGUCCCAAGCUUGCAACAAAUGAUACGUGAAGAGAUUAGGAGACUGCUUCAAACCUACGGCGACGAGCCGAUGAGCCUAACCAUCACAGGCCACAGCCUCGGCGCCGCACUCGCAACCUUGGCAGCGUACGACAUCAAAUCCACAUUCAACCGCGCACCUCUCGCCACCGUGGUGUCAUUUGGUGGUCCAAGAGUUGGCAACCGUAGCUUCCGCCACAAUCUGGAGAAAAAAGGCGCCAAAGUCUUACGCAUUGUGAACGAGGACGAUUUGAUCACCAAGAUGCCGGGCUUCGUCGUCGAGGACAAGAAAGCCCGGCACGUUGCGGGAAGUCCCCUCGUCGGUAUGGCCGCUGGAUUCCAGAAUUGGAUUCAGAAGCGGGUCGAGGAGACACAGUGGGUUUAUUCCGAGGUGGGGAAAGAGCUCAAACUCAGUAGCAAGAACUCGCCGGACUUGAGCGGUACCAACAUGUCGACAUGUCACGAUCUCGGAACUUACCUACACCUCGUGGAAAACUUCGUCAGCAAUUGCCCUUGCAAAUCCACCGCAAAGAAAUUGUUGAGUAGAGUGCACUAA